GAUCGAUGAUGUCAUGCACUGUAUAUAAUUAACAACAUAUAUAAUAUUUUAUGAUCAGCCGGCUUUAUUUGCAAAAAGAUUCCCAAUAUAUAUAUAAUUAAUUAGUGCUUAUAUAUACACCCUUUAACCAUCAUAAUUAUAAAGUUAAUAAUUACAUAACAAUUGUUGGUGUUAUGGAAAACAAAAGUGUUAUAGUUAAUAGUAGUAAUAAUAUUAGUAUGCCUGUUAUAGGGUUUGGAACAGCUACAUUUCCAUUUGUUAGGUCUGAGACAACCAAAGAAGCCAUUGUUGAAGCAAUCAAGCUUGGCUACAGACACUUUGACACCGCCGCCGUUUACCAGACCGAACAGCCUCUCGGAGACGCCAUUUCGGAAGCUAUUUCCCUUGGCCUCAUCAAAUCAAGAGCUCAGCUUUUUGUCACUUCUAAACUUUGGUGCACUCAAUCUCAUCAUCAUCUUGUUUUGCCAGCCAUAACAAAAACUCUUAAGAAUUUGAGGUUGGAGUACCUUGAUUGGUACCUAAUUCAUUGGCCAAUUGCAAUGAAACCUGGAGAAUAUUUAGAUUUCAAGAAGGAAGAUCUUGUUGGUAUGGAUUUUAAGUGUGUAUGGGAAAGCAUGGAGGAGUGUCAAAACUUAGGGCUCACAAAAUCCAUUGGAGUCAGCAAUUUCUCAUCUAAAAAGCUCCAAACCCUACUUGCCACUGCCAAAAUCCCUCCUGCACUCAACCAAGUGGAGAUGAAUCCAGUUUGGCAACAGAAAAAAUUAAGAAAAUUUUGCCAAGAAAAUGGAAUUUUAAUUACAGCAUAUUCUCCCUUAGGGGGUAACAAAGAGGGAACAUGGAGAACAAAUAGAGUGAUGGACUCUGAUGUGCUCAAACAAAUUGCUAAUUCCAAAGGAAAAACUAUUGCUCAGAUAUGUCUAAGGUGGUUGUAUGAGCAAGGGGUGAGUUUUGUGGUGAAGAGCUUCAACAAGGAAAGAAUGAAACAAAAUAUUGAUAUAUUGGAUUGGAGUCUGAGCAGUGAAGAGUUGGAAAUGAUUGACCAAAUUCCACAGCAAAAAGGGAAUCCAGCUAUUAGCUUCAUCUCAAAUCAAGGCCCUUUCAAGUCUGUUGAAGACCUAUGGGAUGGUGAAAUUUAAGUGUGUUUGUAAUAAGAGCUAUAUUUACAUAUUGUAUGGAUUUUUAUAUGAUGUGUGCAAAAUUAUAACUUUAUUGAAUUGUUUUAAAAAUAUUUAUUUAUUUAGGGCACAAUUUUAUAACUUUUAUAUAUGAAAUAAAUAAAAUACAUUUGAGUAA